AUGGCUGGUUAUCCUGUAUCGUCUACAGCUAGUGUGGCACCUAGCACGUUACCGAUGAUAACACAGGAGACAUCUACAGCUUUUGGCAUUACCACUUCAAUGGAACCAGGUACAGCGUCAACGGAAAGUAGUACGGCUUCAAUGACAAUCACUUCACCAUCAACAGAAAGUAGCACUCCGCUAACAGAAAGUAGCUCUCCGCCAACAGAAAGUAGCACUCCGCCAACUGAAAGUAGUACUGCAUUGUUGUCCGGACAAUGUAUCUACCACAACAGCACGUCAGUAAACAAUGUCAGCACAUGUCGAACAUUCUGUAAAGCGAACAAAGAUAUAAUCACCGAAGCGAUCUUACGUAGAUGGCUGAGUGGGAUUCGUGAAGAUCUCACUCUCAACAAGAGGUUGUUGUCCUCCUACAUACGUACGCACAUCAGUGCCGACGACAACAGGGUUACCUCCAAAGCGCUGGGAAUAUCUGGUGUGUGUCUCAUGUUAGCAUUCUUUUCGGUCAUCAUUCUCUCCGAUGUGAUCAAUCUCGGACAGGGAAAAUACGAUCUCGUCAAAUCAAAAACGAAGAUGGCCCGGUACGCUCUUGCCAAGUCAAAGAAGGGUAAUUCUAUCAAAACUUCCCGGAGGCGCGCCAUUUGAUUUAAGAAACGACAGAAUGAAAUACCAGAUUGUCCUCUCAAGCUCAUUUUAAUUGCAGCUUUUGUAUGAGGGGUUAAUCAAUCUC